GUCUGUUCCCCCUCGGGCUACAAGAAGGCGGAUGAUGAGAUGUCCGGAGCCACGUCCUCGGCGGAUCUGGACGAGGCACCAGCCCGCACCAUUUACUUGAACCAGCCUCAGCAGAGCAAGUUCCGCGACAACUGGGUCAGCACGGCCAAGUACAGUGUGGUGACAUUUCUACCUCGAUUCCUGUAUGAGCAGAUAAGAAAAGCUGCAAAUGCAUUCUUCCUCUUCAUUGCCUUACUGCAGCAAAUUCCAGAUGUCUCUCCAACAGGAAGAUAUACCACCUUGGUGCCAUUGCUAUUUAUUUUAACAGUUGCUGGCAUCAAAGAAAUCAUAGAAGACUAUAAAAGGCAUAAGGCAGACAGUGCGGUAAAUAAAAAGAAAACAAUAGUUCUAAGAAAUGGGAUGUGGCAGAACAUUAUGUGGAAAGAGGUAGCGGUAGGCGAUAUUGUGAAGGUCACCAAUGGGCAACAUCUUCCAGCAGACAUGAUCAUUCUAUCUUCCAGUGAACCACAAGCCAUGUGCUAUAUUGAAACAGCUAAUCUCGAUGGGGAGACGAAUCUCAAGAUAAGACAGGGGCUGUCUCAAACUGCUAGUCUCCAGUCAAGAGAAGAAUUGAUGAAAGUAUCUGGAAGGAUAGAAUGUGAAGGACCCAACCGCCAUCUGUACGACUUCACUGGAAACUUGCGCUUAGAUGGUCAAAGCCCAGUUCCUGUUGGUCCAGACCAGAUAUUGCUGAGAGGUGCACAACUGAGAAACACUCAAUGGGUCUUGGGUAUUGUUGUGUAUACAGGACAUGAUACAAAACUCAUGCAGAAUUCAACCAAAGCACCUCUGAAGAGAUCAAAUGUGGAGAAAGUGACCAACAUGCAGAUCCUGGUUUUGUUCUGUAUUCUCCUGGUGAUGGCCCUUGUGAGUUCUGUAGGUGCCUUAUUAUGGAAUAGAACACAUGGCGAAGUUGUCUGGUACCUUGGCUCCAACAAAAUGCUGUCUGUCAACUUUGGAUACAAUCUGCUGACAUUUAUAAUCUUGUACAACAACCUUAUUCCAAUCAGUCUUCUGGUGACAUUGGAAGUUGUCAAGUUUACUCAGGCUCUUUUUAUAAAUUGGGACAUAGAUAUGUAUUAUCCUGAAACAGAUACGCCUGCAAUGGCCAGAACCUCAAACCUUAAUGAGGAGCUCGGGCAG